ACAGCUAACACAAGCAGACUGACAUACAGCUAAGCUAAAUUAACCCAAAUUUAACUAAAGUAACCCAUUCGGACGACUCACAGCUGGCGGUUCAUCUCAGGGAGGAUCAUGUCACGUGGAGGGCAGAAAUCAAACAUGAGUUCGUCUAAAAAGCACCAGGCGUCUUCACUGAAAGCCAAAGGAUUCAAAGACAUCAGGAUUGACGAAGAGGUCAAAAUCGCUGUCAAUAUCGCCCUGGAGAGAUUUCAGUACAGCGACGAGAAAGAGCUGGAUUUUCCUUCGUCCUUGACAAACUCUGAGAGAGCGUUCAUUCAUCGGCUGGCUCAGUCUCUGGGCUACAUCUCCAAAAGCAGAGGGAAGGGCUGCAGCCGGUUCCUGACGGUGAGGAAGAAGGACGGGACUGAGGCGCAGCGCUCCAGCAUGAGCUGCUCUCUCUCUCCGAGCUGCAGAGCGCUGGUGCAGAGUCUGAUGCAGAGAUUCCCCAUCAGCAGCCGAGAGCGCAGCCAGCUGCAGCCACAUGCAGAGAGAGGCCUGCAGUCCCCGCCCGACGCCACCGACAGUAAAAGCAGGUCAAGCGGGCGCCUGAGCCACGGGAUUCCUCAGGUUCCUCCCAGACGCAGCGUCUCUGAGCUGGACUCUUUCCGGAAAGCUCUGCCGGUCUACGAGCUCCAGGAGCAGAUCGUCCAGACCAUCAGAGACCAGCAGGUGGUGCUGGUGCUGGGGGAGACUGGCUCCGGGAAAACCACACAGAUCCCUCAGUUCUUGUUGGAUGACUGCAGCGCCACCGCAAGCCCCUGCCGCAUCUUCUGCACACAGCCGCGCAGACUGGCCACCAUUGCUGUAGCGGAGCGCGUGGCGGUGGAGAGAGGAGAGAAUAUCGGACAGACCAUCGGCUACCAGAUACGCCUGGAGAGCAGAGUUUCUCCUAAAACCCUGCUGACGUUCUGCACCAGCGGAGUCCUGCUGCGGACGCUGAUGGCCGGAGAUGAAGCCCUGUCCACCGUCACACAUGUCAUUGUGGACGAGGUGCACGAGCGUGACGGAUUGACGGAUUUCCUGCUGACCAAGAUGAAGGAAGUCCUGCAGAAGAUGCCGAAUCUCCGACUGGUGCUGUCCAGCGCUGCGCUCGACGUCAGCCUGUUCAAGCGCUACUUCGGCUCCUGUCCUGUUAUUCACAUCAAAGGCUGCCCGUAUGAGGUGAAGCAGCUGUUCCUGGAGGACAUCCUGAGGAGCACCGCAUACACAAACAAGGACAUGAUCAAAUACAAGAAGGAGGCGCAGAAAGAGGAGAGUCAGCAGUGUUCUCUCAGUGAGUGGUGUGAGCGUGACGUCCCGCAGGCUGAUCCUCCAGAGCGUCCGACGGCGUGUGUGCUGCAGGACAACCAGCUGCUGGACGACGGAGGAGACAGUGUGUUCAGUCAGAUGAUUGAGAAGGACGUGUCGUCUCUGGAACCGUGGCUGCUCAGAGAAAUGGACUCCUGCAUCUCCAGUAUCUUCCUGAAUCAGGAUGCAGACGCUUUCACACAGCUCUUCAACCUGAUCCUGAACGAGAAUAUCAGCGUGGACUACAGACACAGUGAGACCAGCGCGACUGCACUGAUGGUGUCUGCAGGACGGGGAUUCGUUAGUCACAUGGAGCAGCUGCUGAACAUGGGAGCAAAUAUCAACAUCAAAGCCUCCAACGGCUGGACGGCUCUUGAUUGGGCAAAACACUUCAAGCAGACAGAGGCAGUGGAUCUGCUGGAGUCUCAUAUCUGGUGUGCUGAAGCAUCUCCGCAGGACGAGGCAUCUCUGCUGCAGAACUCCUGUGAGCUGAGCUGUGAGGAUCAGGAGCUGCUGAAGGCCUAUCACCACAGCUUUGAUGACGAGAAGGUGGACCUGCAACUCAUCCUGCACCUGCUCCACAACAUCUGCCAGAGCUCUGACCAGGGUGCGGUGUUGAUUUUCCUGCCCGGCUACGAUGAGAUUGUUUCUCUAAGAGAUCAAAUCCUUUUUGACGAUAAAAGAUUUACAGACCAUCAGCAAAGGUUUCAGGUGUUCGUCCUUCACUCCAGCAUGCAGACGUCAGACCAGAAGAAGGUUUUGAAGAACACUCCUAGAGGCGUCCGCAAAAUAAUUCUGUCGACGAAUAUCGCAGAGACCAGUAUUACCGUCAGUGAUGUGGUGUUCGUCAUCGACUCCGGAAAAGUCAAAGAGAAAGCGUACGACGCUCUGAAUAACGUCACCAUGCUGAAGAUGGUGUGGAUCUCGAAGGCUAGCGCUCUGCAGAGGAAGGGCAGAGCGGGACGCUGCAGGCCGGGUGUGUGUUUUCAUCUGUUCAGCCGGCUGCGCUUCACUAACAUGCUGGAGCACCAGAUUCCACAGCUGCUGCGCAUGCCCUUACAGGAACUGUGUCUGCACACUAAACUCCUGGCUCCGAUCAGCUGCCCGGUUGCUGAGUUUCUCUCCAGAGCUCCGGAGCCGCCGCACAUAAACACGGUCAAACACGCCGUGCAGAUGCUCAAGACGAUUGAUGCCAUGGACCCAUGGGAGAAUCUGACAGAGCUGGGCCUACACCUGGCGGACCUGCCGGUGGAGCCUCACCUGGGGAAGAUGGUGCUGUGUGCGGUGGUGCUGAAGUGUCUGGACCCGGUGCUCACCAUCGCCUGCACACUGGCCCACCGGGAGCCGUUCGUUCUGCCCGCUCAGGCUGCUCAAAGACGCGUGGCGAUGCUCUGCAGGAGACGCUUCACUGCCAACACCUUCAGCGACCACAUGGCUCUGCUCAGGGCCUUCCAGGCGUGGCAGAAAGCGCGCAGUGACGGCUGGGAAAGAGCUUUCUGUGAGAAAAACUUCCUCUCUCAGGCCACCAUGGAGAUCAUCGUCAGCAUGCGGACGCAGCUUCUGGGACAGCUGAGAGCCACAGGUUUUGUGCGUGCUCGCGGCGUUGGCGACAUCCGUGAUGUGAACCAGAACUCAGAGAACUGGGCGGUGGUGAAGGCGGCGCUGGUGGCAGGCAUGUACCCAAACCUGAUCCAUCGGGAUGGCCUGAGCCUCAGCGGAGAGAAAGAGAAGAAGGUCCGACUGCACCCCACGUCUGUCCUCAGCCAGCCACAGUACAAGAAGAUCCCUCCAGCCAAUGGGCAGGCAGCAGCCGUGGAUUCUCUGCCCACCGAUUGGCUGAUCUAUGAUGAGAUGACUCGAGCACAUAGAAUCGCUAGUGUCAGGUGCUGUACUGUGGUCACGCCCCUCACCAUUGCCCUUUUUGGGGGAGGAGCCAAACUACCCAGCUCCGCCCUCCAGGAGGCGGUCCUUCAGAGAGGAGCCGCUGACAGCAGUGACAGUGAGGUGGAGGAUCAGUGCAGCGCUCGACAGGCUCACCUCGCACUCGACCACUGGAUCAACUUUAGGCUGGACCCAGAGACGGCGGAGCUGGUGUUCGGCCUGCGUCAGCGCUGGCAGAGUGUGUUCCUGCGGCGGAUCCGCUCCCCCAGUAAGGCCUGCUCUCAGCUGGACGAGUCCACCAUCCGCACGCUGGUGUCUGUGCUGUCUGCGGAGGAGCAGAGCGCAGGCCUGCAGCAGCCCACUGGCAUCGGCCAGCGACCCCGACCCGUCAGUGCAGAGGACAGCAGCUCACACACAUACACUCACACACACGCACGCAGCAGGAACACAGCUGACACACCACUGCAGGAGGAUACAGCCAGCCCUGACAGGCCUCGGAUGGCGUCUCAGCUGAAGAAUCCCAGAAUGCACCACUCUCGCCAUCAGGAGGAGGAUCUGGCGCCCUCCGGGAUCACUGACGGGCCGACGUCUCCGUCCUCUGCUUCGGUUAGCAUGUCAGCGUGUGUGCGUGCGCCGCGCUCUAGCGUGCGCUACUUCAUCAUGAAGAGCAGUAACCUGCAUAACAUUGAGCUGUCCCAGCAGCGGAGCGUCUGGUCCACCACACCCAACAACGAGCAGAAGCUGAGCCAAGCCUUCCAGAACAGCAGCGCAGUCUUCCUGGUAUUCUCUGUGCAGGGGUCCGGACACUUCCAGGGAUAUGCACGCAUGACGUCUGCAGUAAGCAGCGAGCGCUGUCGGGACUUUGGCUCAUCUAGUCUGGGUGGAGUGUUUUCAGUGCAGUGGAUACAUACAGAGAGUCUGGCCUUCCAUCUCACACACACACUGCUGAACCCCUGGAACGACAACAAGAGAGUGCAGAUCAGCAGAGACGCUCAGGAGCUGGAGCCGCACACAGGGAAUCAGUUAUUGCAGCUUUGGGAGAAAUUGUAAAGCAAUCAACAUGCAAAUCCUGCAGAUGAACACUCAUCAGAGAAACAUCUAAACAUGAAAAGAUGCGUCAUCUAAACACACAUCUGAACACACACACACUCACACUCACACACACUCACACACACACACAUUUACUGGUCAAACUUCAGUCUUUAGCGCAGUUUAUCGUCAAAGUGAGAGAAGACAGAAAAACACACUUCGUUCACAAGCAAAACAAGACAUUUGCUCGUCAUCUUUCACGCAAGAAAUACACAAGACUCUGUAUCUUCAGUCCUUCUGCCGCUGCUCCAGUAAGUGCACCUUUGUUUUUUCAUCACUUUUGAGAUUUAUAGUUUUCCUUUAUUUAAUUUUAAUUUAUUUUGUCUUUACUUUUUUUCAAGACUUAGUUUUUUCAUGUUCUUCUAAAGGUUUUUCUUAACUCAGUAAAAGUUUAUUUGUGUUUAUAUUAUCUUAAUUUUGUAUCAUUAUACCUAGUUUGUUUACUUGAUUUUUUUUAUUUUCUUGUUUUUUAUUUUUUAAGAUUUUUGUGACUUCUGAAUUUCUACUUUGAUAUUUAGUUUUAUUUUACUUUUAACACAUUUUUAGUGAAAAGUGAAAUUUUGAAUUUAAGAAAUCACCCCCCCCCCCCCCUUUUUUUUUUUACUGAGAUUUUUUUCAUUAUUUUCAUUUAAUUUUUGUAUAACAAUUGUACACUUUUCCUAAAUUUUUUAUAUAAUUCUUUACCUUUCCCCACCCAGUUUACUUGACUGAGACUCUUUUCAUUAAAAAAAGAUUGAUCAAGACUUAUUUAUCAUUAUUUCCAUUUAUUUUAUAUUUUAUUUAAUUUUUAGUUUUGUUUUGUGAAUUUUUAUUUUUAUAUAAUUUUCACUUUACAACUUUUCAUUUUUUUCCUUUAUUUGCUUCAUAUAAUUUGUCACUUCAUCUCCACUCAUUUUCUUCAUUUAAAAAAUAGAUUUUUCAAGAGAUUUUGGAGAACUUUUCAUAACUUUUAGACUUUUAGGGCUUUUCUCCCCCUCAUUUUGCCAGACUUCGAUUUCUUUUUUCAUGAGGUUUUUGACAGUUUGUUUCAGAUGUGUCCUGAUUUCUGAACAUUCAGGUGUUUGUUUUGGAAAAUGCAUCAGAAACACUGAAGAUGAAGGUUUAAAGAUUUUAUAAUGAAAUGCUUCUUCUCCUUCUCACCGUUUGAGAUGAAAAUGAUGUUCUUUGUUUGAUUUGAGCCUCCUAAACCUCAGAAAUGUGUAUUUUAUGGAUGCUGUUUUUAUAAAUCAUCUGUUCAAUGUUUUUAUCAUCUCUGAUGGUUUUGCACAGCGUACGAGCACUGAGGCGUCUGCUAGUUUACUGUAUUUGACUCAUGCUAUAAUGUUGAUUUAGUUUGAGAUGUUUUAUGCACUGUGUGUUUUAAUCUUCAUCUCCAACUGAAUGAAUUUAGCGCGCCAAUAGUGGAAAACCUCAAGCCAAAGUUCAGCUAGUUUUUCAUUUGUUUGCACUUUAAUCAGUUUUGAUAAAUGUUCAGUGCUUCUCAUGUUCUCGUGCAAAUCUGGAAUCUGCAAUAAACACCUCUUUGCAUUUGUUACACA